AUGAGCCCCACAAGAUGCAGACAACAAAUGACGGGAUGGUCCCGCGCCUUGGCUCACCUGUCCGUUGCCCCCUUUAAGGUGACCAUGACGACAUGUCAAGCUAUCCUAAGGUGUAGCAAAGCAAUCUACCUACAAAGCCGGGCGCAUGAUGCACAUUCAUUCCGUGCCCCCCCUCACGUACCCGGAACUAUGAACGCCUAA